GAUUCUUCCGUGUGCUAUAUGCAUCCGGGCACGGAGCAAAUACGACUUGUGCUUUUGUUUGACCGUGAUUUCGGCGUUGAGCUGACAUUGAAGUGCGCUUCACCGCUGGAUGCCGAGCAAUGGAAAGCGGCCAUCCUGGAAUCAAUGAACGGUGUUGGAAGAUUGUGGCGAGAAAAUCAUCCCUAUGGAUCAACAUUUCCCAUUCGACGUGCGCAGAAUGUUCGAUGGUUUGUGGAUGGACGAGCAUUCAUGGAACAUGCAGCUAACAUGAUGGAAUUAGCAUGUGAAGAGAUUUUCAUUGCGGACUGGUGGCUGUCACCUGAGAUUUUUAUGAAAAGACCACCUGUGGAGGGUAAUCGCUGGAGACUUGACGAGAUCCUAAAGGUACGUCACGGGUUCGUGUGUUUUUCUGUCGUUUUUCUUUUGAAGGCAGAGCAAGGCGUCCGGAUAUUCGUUUUGCUAUAUAAAGAGAUGGAAAUGGCGCUUGGAAUAAACAGUAUUUACACAAAGAAGACAUUACAGAAACUUCACAAAAAUAUUAAGGUGCUUCGUCAUCCGGACCAUUAUCUCUCGUCGGGCACAUUUUUUUGGGCUCAUCACGAGAAGCUUGUGAUUAUCGAUCAGCUAAUAGCAUUUGUUGGAGGUGUCGAUUUGUGCUUCGGUCGCUGGGACGAUUGUCGCCACAAACUUACUGACUGUGGUUCAGUGCAGUAUUCCGAGCAGCUCAGCGUCUGCGCCGCAGGAGAUUUCUCUAUGGCAUGUAUGAGAAAAUUGAUCACAGCAGCGGGAACACUCUCUCCGAUUGGUCUGGAGGAGAAGGAGGAAGUGAAGAAAGUAGGCGAUUACGACGAAGUUGACAAAUCAAAGCAAUCUGCUGAAAAAUUAGGAACACGGAAGUUUCUAAGACAUACCAAAAGUAAUGUGGAAAAGAAAAACGAAAGCGACGAAGAAAAGGCUCCGACGAAGCCGACGGAGCACGGCCACGGUCUGAUAUCGAUGGUAAAACGCACGCAAAGUGCGAUCAGAUCAAAAUCAGCAGUAGCGGCGCCGCCAAUUGAGAUGCUGAAUAUGAACGCCGAGAAGAUGGAUAUCCACGAUGCAAUGGAUAAGUACAAAGCUUACGUACACAGUGGGAAGGCGGAAGAAGCAAAGCGUCGUGCUGAGAGGAAAUCGCCACCGCCGCGGCAACGAAACGUUCUCUCGAAAGUUGCGCAUAGCUUGAAGCCAUCAUCAGCACGAAAGCGCUGGCAAAAAGUGAAGGAGGAAACAAGUCGAUAUGAUCUCCGGUAUAUGGAGUUGCGAGACCAGGAUGAAAAAAUUCGGGUCAUGGAAGAACAGAUUGAAGGCGCUGGGAAGCUGUGGGUUGGAAAGGAUUAUACGGAGAAGUCCAAGGAGUUAAAAGAUUACCCAUUUUUAUUGCCGAAAUGCUACGACACAAUCAAAGUGCCUCGUGUGCUUGAAACAUACAGCGAUGUAGCUGAUGUGCAAGCCUAUCUUUCUCUUAUUGCAAAUGCGCGUCAUUGCAUUUACAUUGAAAAUCAAUUUUUCGUCUCGAUUAUCGAUAGUUCUGAAGUGAGCAACGAAAUUUGCAAGGUGCUUUGCGAACGAAUCAAACGAGCUCACCGAGAAAAAGAAAAAUUUCGGGUGUAUAUAAUGCUGCCAUUGCUUCCCGGUUUUGAAGGUGAUAUUGGCGCACCUGGUGGUUCAGCACUGCAGGCAGUUCUGUCCUGGACCUACAAGUCACUUUCACGAGGACCAGGCUCGCUGAUUGAGAAUUUGAAGCGGGCAAUUCCUGAUCCAAUGGAAUAUAUUCAUAUUGGUUCUUUGCGUACUUACAACACUCUCUCCGGGAAGUUGGUUUGUAUUCUUGUCAAGGACUGUGAAUAUGUACCUUCAAAAAUGGACGGGAAGCCAUAUGAUGCUGGAAAAUUUGCUAUGAGUUUACGCAAACAGUUGAUGAUGGUAAGCCAGUUCAUCAUUGCACUGGAGCACCUUGGAUUAUUACCAGAGCAGAAGAGAAAGCCGCCUCGAAUGGAAAUAGAUUUGGACGACCCUGUCGCCGAUUCCUUCUUCGUAGGCACUUGGGGAGCAAUUGCCAAAAAGAAUACGGAAAUUUUCGAAAAGGUGCCUUUGGCACUGAAUUGCCCGUAG